AUGGUAAUGGCCCACUUAACUGAAUUCUCCAACUUUUUGAACCCAUUUGCUGCAUCCGGCUCAUGUAUGAGUCGGAUGCGUGCCACUCAGUGUCAUUAUUUGGACUUACAAAAGCGGCUCGAGACGAGCCGCGACAAAGCACGAGCCAAGCUGCAAUUAGCUGUUAGGCUAAAAUGCGGCUCGGCCUGUCUUAUUGUGGUAGUAACUGCUUCACUUGUUGUGAUUGUUAUGACUCAUGGCUUUGUUUUGCUUGUGGUUGCGGCCGGGUUGGCUAGUACCAUGGAUUGGGCUUCAGAAAGGAAGCUGGCUAAGGUAAUGGCUCGGCUCGAUGCAGCCGCGAAAGGAACUUAUAUAGUGAAUAAAGACUUGGAGACAACGAGCCGGCUCGUGGCUCGGCUAAAUGAUGAGUUUGAGUACAUGAGGACCACAGUGAGAUUUUGGCUUGAGAGGAAAGAUGAUAGGAUUCAAGCCGAUGGUGAAGUGGCGCGCCUAUUGAAAAAGAACCAAUGCAGUUUUAGUGAUCUAUUGGAUGAGUUGGAAGAACAUUUGUAUUUGUGUUUCAUGACUAUUAAUAGGGCUAGAGAGCUUGUGCUAAACAAGAUCAUUGACACAACUUGA